CCAAGAUAGAAUCGGAUAACAGUAGACUUUCUUCUUCCUGCUGGCGGCGCUGUAUAUAUUAUAACUAAUAUGCACAUAUAUAUAUAUAUAUAUACAAUAUAUUUAAUUUUAAUGUUAGGACUUCCCUCAUUUGCCAUCCAAGAAGAGAGAUGGGAAGUGAUCGUGAAGAGCAACUUCCCCCCCUGUUUGUGACAAGCAGAGGCAAGGGGACGUUUCUCUACAGGGCGUUUGCCGGCUCAGUGUUCCUUGGGAUAAGUCUUAUUUGGGUUUACAGAUUGGCCUAUUUGCCCGAUGAUGACGAUGACGGGAGCAGUAGGUGGCGGAGAUGGGCUUGGGUCGGCAUGCUCGGGGCGGAGCUGUGGUUCGGGUUCUACUGGAUUCUCACCCAGGCUUCUAGGUGGAACCUCGUCUAUCGGCAGACCUUCAAGGACAGGCUUGCUCUAAGGUACGAACAUGAGCUGCCAGGGGUGGACAUAUUUGUGUGCACGGCGGACCCCGCAAUAGAGCCGCCGGCAAUGGUGGUAAGCACCGUGCUGUCCGUGAUGGCGUACGAUUACCCGACCGAGAAGCUCGGCGUGUACCUCUCCGACGAUGCCGGCUCCGAGCUCACCUACUAUGCUCUCUUGGAGGCCUCUCGCUUCGCUAAGCACUGGCUGCCCUUUUGCAAGAAAUUCAAGGUGGAGCCCACCUCCCCUGCUGCCUUCUUUAAUAAUAAGUCCAGCCCAGAGUCCAUCGGAACUCAUGCAAACGAGGAAUUUCGGGCAAUCAAGAAAUUAUAUGAAGAAAUGGAGAACCGAAUAGAUACCACGUGCAAGCUCAAUCGGGUUCCCGACCAAGUGCGAUCGGACCAUGAAGAGUUCUCUCAAUGGGAUUCAUAUUCUUCUAAACGAGACCACGAUGCUAUUAUUGAGAUGCUAAUUGAUAGAACAGACCCAGCAUCGAUCGACAACGAAGGGAACGUGCUGCCUACUCUAGUGUACAUGGCCCGUGAAAAGCGACCUGACUAUUUUCAUAACUUCAAAGCCGGAGCUAUGAAUUCACUGAUCAGAGUUUCAUCGGUGAUAACUGGGGGAGAGAUCAUCCUCAAUGUGGACUGUGACAUGUACUCGAACAACUCGAAAUCCAUAAGGGAUGCACUCUGCUUCUUCAUGGACGAAGAAAAGGGCCAUGAGAUUGCAUUUGUGCAGUUCCCUCAGAACUUCGUUAAUGUCACCAAGAACGAACUAUAUGGCAGCUCGCUCCAAGUAAUUAACAAUAUUGAAUUCCAUGGCAUGGAUGGUUAUGGUGGAGUGCUAUACAUCGGGAGCGGAUGCUUUCACAGAAGAGACAUUCUCUGUGGGAUGAAAUACAGCAAAGAAGUGAAGAGGACGACAUUGAUAAGUCGAAGGAGUGGAGGAGAAGAUCAGCCAAUUGGAAGAAUUCACGACCCGCAAAAACUGAGGGUUCUUGCAAGUUGCACUUACGAGAAGAAUACAAAGUGGGGAAACGAGGUGGGCUUGAAAUAUGGGUGCCCGGUUGAGGACAUAAUCACGGGGCUGGCGAUCAAGUGCCGGGGAUGGAAAGCGGUGUACCACAAUCCCGAGCAGAUGGCUUUCUUAGGCUUGGCUCCCACCACGUUGCUGCAGACGCUUGUGCAGCACAAGCGGUGGUCCGAGGGCGAUUUCCAGAUUGCGCUUUCCAAGUACGGUCCGGCGAGGUAUGGGCCAGGACGAAUCAGCCCCGGCCUUAUACUGUGCUACCUGACCUAUUGCCUAUGGGUUCCUAACUGCAUUCCCACUCUGUACUAUUCAAUGGUCCCUUCAGUUUAUCUCCUGAGAGGCACUUCUCUAUUUCCAGAGAUUUCAAGCCCGUGGGUUGUGCCGUUUGUGUACGUGAUUUUUGCGAAGUACGCUUACAGCCUGGUGGAGUUCCUGCAGUCGGGUGGUACAGUCCUAGGGUGGUGGAACGAACAGAGGAUCUGGCUCUACAAGAGGACCAGCUCCUACCUAUUUGCCCUCAUUGACACCAUCGUGAAGCUCCUCGGAUUUUCUAAGACCACUUUCGUGAUCACUGCUAAGGUCGCUGACGAGGACGUGUUGAGGCGAUACGAGGCUGAGGUGAUGGAGCUCGGGGCCACGUCUCCCAUGUUCACCCUGAUCUCGACGCUUGCCCUGCUCAACCUGACCUGCCUUCUGGGCUUUGGGAUCAGACUGGUCAUGAUGUCUACCGAUUCCGUGGUCAAUUACUCCGGCUCGAUGUUCCUCCAGGGCGUCCUUUGCGGGGUGUUGGUUUUGAUCAAUUUCCCACUCUACCAAGGAAUGUUCAUUAGGAAGGAUGCAGGGAAAAUGCCAAUUCCUACGACGAUGAGUUUCGGUUGGCUGGCCUCAGUUUUUGCUGUGGGGCUCAUGGUAUUUUCGAGCCUCCAAGCGGUUUCGGGUAUUAGAUUUGUAAUAGACAGGGAAGAAUGUGUCUCUCACAACGUCGAGUAUGAUGGGGAUACGGUUCACGUCUCUUUUGUGGUGGUGAAGUACAACUCAACUUGGCGGUAUAGUCCAGAGGGUGUCGAUCUUGUGGUAAAAGGACCUGUUGGCAAUCAGAUUCAAGACUUUCAUGACAAGACAAGCGAGAAAUUCGAAUUCGUGGCGCAAACAAAGGGACUACAUCGCUUUUGUUUCACCAACAAGUCUCCCUAUCAUGAGACAAUUGAUUUUGAUGUCCACGUUGGUCAUUUUACAUAUUAUGAGCAACAUGCUAAAGAUGAGCAUUUCAACCCCCUGAUGGAGCAGAUAGAGAAGUUGCAAGAUGCCCUCUUCAACAUUCAGUUCGAGCAACACUGGCUUAGAGCCCAGACAGAGCGGCAAUCAAUCGUUAACGAUGCAAUGAGCAGAAGGGCGAUUCACAAGGCUGUGUUCGAGUCGGUUGCACUCAUUGGAGCGUGCGUUCUCCAAGUUUACCUCCUUCGCCGCCUGUUCAACAGAAAGCUCGGGAUAUCCCGAGUUUAAGAUUAGCUGCCCUUCAUUGAGUAGUUAAAUACACAAUUGGGGAAGAUCUUGGAACAUCUCAUUUGAUGCAUUAGUUGGUCAUCUGACCGUCUUCCUAAAAUGCUGAGGGGCUUAAUAGAAAAGAUUCUUUUAGUGAUUUGACAUCUUGGUCCGUAUUCGUCAUAUUUGUUCCGACUUUUCGUCA